CAGUUUUAAACCCGAAAAAACCGGAAAAACUGAGAGUGGUAUUUGACUGUGCCGCCAAGUUUGCAGGCGUUUCUCUAAACGAUAUGAUUUAUCAGGGUCCCGACACAACUGCGGAGUUAGUGUGUAUACUAUUGCGUUUUCGCAAGGAAGCAGUCGCAAUCUCUGCGGAUGUGGAAGAAAUGUUCAUGCAAGUAAAGGUCCCUGAGUCUGAUCGAGGAGCCUUAAGAUUUCUGUGGUGGCAAGAGGGAGACAUGGCGAGGGAACCAUCCGAGUUUCAAAUGACAUCUCAUCCAUUUGGUGCCACAUCAUCGCCGUUUUGCGCGAACUUCGCCUUGAAUAAGACGGCACAAAUAUUCUCUGACGGUUAUGAUGGUUAUGUCGUAGAUGCUGUUAAGAAUAAUUUCUAUGUUGAUGACUGCUUGGUAUCCUUUCCCACUUGUGAUCAAGCAAAGAGUUUCGUUAAGCAGAUAAGUGAAUUAUUAUGUAGGGGAGGUUUUAAACUAAAGAAAUGGGUUACUAACUCGGAGGAGGUAAGGACCAUCUUGCCCGAUGUAUGUAAAGAAGAGUCCUUGAUAGAAAUGUCAGCGAGUUAUGACACUACACAUCGAACUCUAGGAGUAGAGUGGGAUUUUAAACGAGAUGUAUUCAAGUUUUACUUCGAUGCGCCUGAAAGGCCUCUGACUAGGAGAGGGAUUCUAUCUAUAGUUUCUUCUCUGUUCGAUCCUUUGGGUUUAAUUGCUCCAGUCUGUCUUACUGCCAAGGUUCUCUUGCAAAAACUAUGUAAGUCUCAAUUAGGCUGGGAUCAGCCUCUCAACGAGCCAUACGUGUCGGCGUGGCUAAAUUGGGUAAACUUUAUGCGUCAAAUAGGUCAUGUUACGGUAGAUAGGGGUAUCAAGAAGAGAAUUGACGAACCCGACGCGGAAGUAGAAUUGCACCUGUUCAGUGACGCUUCAGAGAUCGGUUACGGAGCAGUCGCGUACGCUCGAGUCAGUUAUUUGAAGGAACAACCCUACUGUAUUUUGUUAUACAGCAAGUCUAGGGUAGCACCUAUCAAACAGAUCACUAUACCGAGGCUAGAGAUGGCAGCGGCAGUGUUAAGUGUGAGGCUUAGCGAAGUCUUACGGAGAAGUCUGCCUAAUUUUUUCUGUAAGGUAAACUUCCAUACAGAUUCCAUGGUAGUAUUGUACUACAUCAAGAAUAUCGAGAAUCGCUAUAGCACCUAUAUAGCUAACCGUCUCGCCAUUGUGCAUCAGUAUACGAAGAUUGAACAAUGGAGUUAUGUAAGGUCGUCACAGAAUCCAGCUGAUUGGACCUCGAGAGGUAUACAAAAAAUGUCAGAUCUUGAGCUUUGGUUCAAAUGUCCUACCUUACUGCAUGGCGAAUUUUGUACAGCAAUCACUGACUGUCCGGAACCUACUCCUGACGAUAUUGAGUUUAGAAAAACUGCCGUGGUUAACUUGAGUAGUAUAAAGUACAACAUGUCACCUAUUCUCGCUUAUUAUUCUGAGUGGUUGAAAUUAGUCAGGGCCGUAGCCUGGCUUAGAAGGUUCAUAGAAUUUCUGAUGGUGCUUCGUUCACCGAGUCAUGAAGGAUCCGUUCAUCUAGGGUGUUUAAAGGUCAAAGAACUUGACGUCGCCAAGCGUAAAAUUUUGUUGAUGGUUCAGAAAGAAGUGUAUGGAGAAAUACUUAGUGGAUUUAAAACCAAUGGUAAGGUAGUUAGUCACAAUGAUCUGAAGGGCUUAUCACCGAUAAUGCUUGAUGGAUUACUCUGUGUUGGAGGCCGACUAAGCUACUCAGAUUUCUCAAAUGCCUUUAAACAUCCAAUAAUAUUGCCCAGUCGACACUUAGUGACAGAAAUGAUAAUUAGACAUUAUCAUAAGGAACAAGGGCACACAGGAACGUCACAAGUACUGGCCACGAUUCGAAAAAGGUAUUGGAUAAUAAAAGGAACCAGCACGGUUAAGAGAGUGAUAGGAAAGUGUGUGACAUGCCGGCGGUAUACGAUGGUUACAGGGCAACAAUUGAUGACACCACUUCCAGCUUGUAGAGUGCAACAAGGAUGGUAUUGCUUCUCAGCCGCGGGAGUAGACUACUUUGGACCCCUUUUUGUCAAAAGAGGAAGAUCACUAGAAAAAAGAUAUGGGUGUGUAUUUACUUGCUUGCAAACCCGAGCAGUACAUAUUGAAAUGACACAUAGUUUGAAUACUGAUUCGUUUAUAAUGGCCUUGCUACGUUUCAUUGGAAGAAGAGGGAAACCUGCAGAAAUUUACAGUGACAAUGGGUCGAAUUUCGUGGGUGCGGUCUCUGAACUAAAGAGAUUUGUGCAACAGUUGAAUCAGCAAAGGAUAGACAAGGAACUGUCAGCUAGACAGAUUCAGUGGCAUUUUAACCCGCCCUCAUCCAGCCACAGGGGUGGGGUCUGGGAAAGGAUGAUUAGGUCUAUACGUAGACUGUUAUUGUUGAUAACUAGAGAACAGACUUUAACUGAUGAGACCUUAAGCAUUUAUUUGAUUGAAGUUGAAAGGAUAUUGAACGAUCGACCCUUAACUCCAGUCGUCCAAGAUGCUAACGAUCAACUAGCCUUGUCGCCAAACAGUCCGUUAUUAUUGAGAGAAUGUGACGGAAUAGUCGAAGAAGGUAGCAUCAGAGAUAAAUAUGACAAACGAUGGAAACAGGUUAAUCAUCUUGCUAAUGUGUUUUGGAAAAGGUGGUUAAGAGAGUAUUUACCGUCUUUACAGAAGCGUCAAAAAUGGUUAGUUGAACAUCGCAAUUUUCAGAAAGGUGAUGUAGUGAUCGUGGCUUCGGACAUAUCGACCCGUGGAAAGUGGCCCUUAGGAGUAGUUGAAGAUUGUAAAAUAGAUGACGACGGAAGAGUUAGAACAGUGGUUGUUCGUACGAACGGUGGGUUAGUCAGAAGAGAUAUACGUAGAUUAUGCCUCCUGGAAGGCACGAAUUAAUUCCUCGCGUAUCAAUGUAAGUAGGUCGAGUAGGCGUACUGUUGUAAGUCCUACUCGUUCCUGUAGUGCGAUAUGUUAUAUAAUGAACCAUGACCGUAGACAUCAAGGUAGCUUGUGUGGUAUGGAGGGAUUUUGGGGGCCGGUGUAAGAUCCAUUUUGAAUGUUUUGUGUGUUUGUGAAAAUCCCUCCAUGUAUAUACUUGUACUUUGUUCCUAUUGAUUCCCUUAGUUGUACAUUGUUGUAUUUUGAUUACAUUUGAGUUGUUAAUACUUGUAUUUUUUAUUAUAGUUUUUGUUUUCUUACGCAUUCACUAAGUUUGUGUUUCUUCCUGAACUGCAUCUGUGUUGUUUUACUUGACACUUGUUCUUGGCGGUAGCCAUAUUGAUUUGUUCCUCCUGUUGUGUGUGAUCUAUCCAGCCAGGAUAGAAUAACGUUGAUUUGUUGUGAUUGAUUUGAUCAAUUGAACAAUUAUUGGUUGGAUAGCUGAGUGGUUAUAUUUGUUUAGGUAAUAAUGUACACUUAAAUUUAUGAUAAAUUAUAGAACCGCUAUCUUACCCAAUUCCUUUGUUUUGGUUUCAAUCGGGCGAGGGCGCGUAUCUAACUCAUCCAGACAGCUGUCCAGCAGUCCAAACGUAGUUUGGAUCUUACAGUUCUAAACAAAUAUUUGGUCGAAUUCGUUUGGCUUUCGUUUCGUUGAUUCCAAUCAUCGUCUCUGGGAAUAUCUGGUCGUUCGCUUCCGAUGCCAAACAAUCGUCGAAGGAAAUUAAGUCCAAGGCUCGUGAAUGUUAAAAGAGAUGAACAAAAGGAUGGAUCCCCUCAAUCAAGGCAAGUGCCUUCUGAUGCUUCUAUGUGUCAUGGUUCAUAUUCUAAUAGGGACGAUUGUAAUUAUAGUGAAUCUAGUUGUGAUAUAAUGGCAGAUGGCAUAGAAAACCUUAAUUUAGACGUGAAGCAAGCAAAAGGCGUAAGGCCUACAGCGUUUUUCAUAGGUCCAGAGUUACCAAAGGUUGAGUUAAGUUAUUUCGACGGUCAACCAAGAGGUUACUGGAAGUUUUUAAGGGAGUUUGAGACCUAUGUGGAAUCAAGGGUCAAGGAUGAUGGUCAACGCUUGCUUUAUUUGAUACAUUAUUGUAAGGGUAAAGCGAAAACAGCCAUUGAGGGUUGUGUUAUGUUGGAAGCCUCUUUUGGUUACAAGAAGGCCAAAGAAAUUCUAAAACGGUUGUUCGGACAGGCGCAUGUAAUCGCUCGGGAGACUUUAGAGGACUUAUUCAAAACUACAAAUGUUGAUUACAGUGAUCCUGAGCAACUAACAAAUCUAGCUAUUAGGAUGGAAAAUUGUUCUAUGGUUUUGAAACAGAUGAAGUAUACUGCCGACUUAAACUCUUUAAUUACCUUAGAGAGAAUAGUAGGACUCUUACCUCAAGUUAUGCAAGCCCAGUGGGCGGACUGGGUAGAUGAAUUGACUGAAGAUAAUAGAGAACCAACCUUUGAUGAGCUUACCCAAUUUAUAGCAUCCCGCGCGAGGGUAGCUAAUAGUAGGUUUGGACGGUUAGCGAAUCGUCCGAGAAAGGGACACAACUUAAAGACAAAUUGUCACUUGCAAUUGGAGCAGGCGAAUAAUUCGAAAGAGAAAGCUAAAUGCAGUGUGUGUUCCCUGGACCAUGCUAUUUAUAAAUGUCCAAAUUUUUUAGCGCUUACCGUUCAAGAGAGAUGGUCUCACGCGAAGGUUAAUGGCAUCUGUUUUGUCUGCCUCAGGCAAGGGCAUAAAGUUAGUGAAUGUAAGCUGGCAAAACGUUGUAACGUUGAGGGUUGUGAAAGGAAACACCAUUCUUUGUUACACAGCGAGAGUGAGAAACCUGGUACCUCGAGUUGUUGCGGAUAUACUAAAUCACUAAUCAGUCAAGUGUGUUUAGGCAUGAUUCCCGUACGGUUGAAAUCGCGAAAAGCCGAGAUUGUGGGUUAUGCUCUGUUGGACAACGGUUCUGAUGUGACACUGAUAAGAUCAAACUGUUUGAGGUCUCUCGGGCUGAGCGAAGACGAAGCAUCAGUGGUAGUUGAGACUGUGGGCGGUAAUAGAACAAUGAAGGUCACGAGUGCGCCUUUUGAGGUAUAUUCUUUAGAUCAAUCUGAACAUGUUACUAUUGAAGGAGCUCUGGUUGUAGCGAGUAUACCAGGUCAUAAGCCAACAAAAUCAGCAAUGAACAACCUAGUUAAAUGGCCACAUUUAAGGGAUGUACCAAUAGGCAACCUAGACUCUGAAGAAGUUCUGCUGUUGAUUGGUUGCGAUGUACCAGAGGCACACUGGGUGUUAGACCAGCGGUUGGGUGGAAGAAAAGGCCCGUACGCUGUGAAGACGUUGUUGGGGUGGACGGUCUUCGGACCUGCGUCAUAUCCGGAAUACAGGAAAAGAGUUGUCAAUCAUACCAGUAAGAUACAGGCUUUGGAGAACGAAAUACGUAAACUUUAUGAUGUAGAGUUCUCUGAUGUUUAUUCAAAUGAUAAAUCAGUAUCAAUAGAAGAUAAGGCGGCUAUAAGUAUUGUAGAAGGGGGCACACGCUUCGAAAAUGGUCAUUUUGUAGUCCCUAUACCAUGGAAGGGGAACCCAGAUAUGAAAGGGGGGAAUUAUGAAGUGGCAAACAGUAGACUACGGAGUUUGAAGCGUAGAUUGUUGAAAGAUGACAUUCUGUAUAUCAAGUAUACAAAAGGUAUUGAAAGUAAUUUUAUUAAGGGCUACGCGGAGAAAGUCCCUGAAAUACAAGUGCAACCUAGUUAUCGACCCCGGUGGUAUUUACCUCACCAUGCAGUUUUAAACCCGAAAAAACCGGAAAAACUGAGAGUGGUAUUUGACUGUGCCGCCAAGUUUGCAGGCGUUUCUUUAAACGAUAUGAUUUAUCAGGGUCCCGACACAACUGCGGAGUUAGUGUGUAUACUAUUGCGUUUUCGCAAGGAAGCAGUCGCAAUCUCUGCGGAUGUGGAAGAAAUGUUCAUGCAAGUAAAGGUCCCUGAGUCUGAUCGAGGAGCCUUAAGAUUUCUGUGGUGGCAAGAGGGAGACAUGGCGAGGGAACCAUCCGAGUUUCAAAUGACAUCUCAUCCAUUUGGUGCCACAUCAUCGCCGUUUUGCGCGAACUUCGCCUUGAAUAAGACGGCACAAAUAUUCUCUGACGGUUAUGAUGGUUAUGUCGUAGAUGCUGUUAAGAAUAAUUUCUAUGUUGAUGACUGCUUGGUAUCCUUUCCCACUUGUGAUCAAGCAAAGAGUUUCGUUAAGCAGAUAAGUGAAUUAUUAUGUAGGGGAGGUUUUAAACUAAAGAAAUGGGUUACUAACUCGGAGGAGGUAAGGACCAUCUUGCCCGAUGUAUGUAAAGAAGAGUCCUUGAUAGAAAUGUCAGCGAGUUAUGACACUACACAUCGAACUCUAGGAGUAGAGUGGGAUUUUAAACGAGAUGUAUUCAAGUUUUACUUCGAUGCGCCUGAAAGGCCUCUGACUAGGAGAGGGAUUCUAUCUAUAGUUUCUUCUCUGUUCGAUCCUUUGGGUUUAAUUGCUCCAGUCUGUCUUACUGCCAAGGUUCUCUUGCAAAAACUAUGUAAGUCUCAAUUAGGCUGGGAUCAGCCUCUCAACGAGCCAUACGUGUCGGCGUGGCUAAAUUGGGUAAACUUUAUGCGUCAAAUAGGUCAUGUUACGGUAGAUAGGGGUAUCAAGAAGAGAAUUGACGAACCCGACGCGGAAGUAGAAUUGCACCUGUUCAGUGACGCUUCAGAGAUCGGUUACGGAGCAGUCGCGUACGCUCGAGUCAGUUAUUUGAAGGAACAACCCUACUGUAUUUUGUUAUACAGCAAGUCUAGGGUAGCACCUAUCAAACAGAUCACUAUACCGAGGCUAGAGAUGGCAGCGGCAGUGUUAAGUGUGAGGCUUAGCGAAGUCUUACGGAGAAGUCUGCCUAAUUUUUUCUGUAAGGUAAACUUCCAUACAGAUUCCAUGGUAGUAUUGUACUACAUCAAGAAUAUCGAGAAUCGCUAUAGCACCUAUAUAGCUAACCGUCUCGCCAUUGUGCAUCAGUAUACGAAGAUUGAACAAUGGAGUUAUGUAAGGUCGUCACAGAAUCCAGCUGAUUGGACCUCGAGAGGUAUACAAAAAAUGUCAGAUCUUGAGCUUUGGUUCAAAUGUCCUACCUUACUGCAUGGCGAAUUUUGUACAGCAAUCACUGACUGUCCGGAACCUACUCCUGACGAUAUUGAGUUUAGAAAAACUGCCGUGGUUAACUUGAGUAGUAUAAAGUACAACAUGUCACCUAUUCUCGCUUAUUAUUCUGAGUGGUUGAAAUUAGUCAGGGCCGUAGCCUGGCUUAGAAGGUUCAUAGAAUUUCUGAUGGUGCUUCGUUCACCGAGUCAUGAAGGAUCCGUUCAUCUAGGGUGUUUAAAGGUCAAAGAACUUGACGUCGCCAAGCGUAAAAUUUUGUUGAUGGUUCAGAAAGAAGUGUAUGGAGAAAUACUUAGUGGAUUUAAAACCAAUGGUAAGGUAGUUAGUCACAAUGAUCUGAAGGGCUUAUCACCGAUAAUGCUUGAUGGGUUACUCUGUGUUGGAGGCCGACUAAGCUACUCAGAUUUCUCAAAUGCCUUUAAACAUCCGAUAAUAUUGCCCAGUCGACACUUAGUGACAGAAAUGAUAAUUAGACAUUAUCAUAAGGAACAAGGGCACACAGGAACGUCACAAGUACUGGCCACGAUUCGAAAAAGGUAUUGGAUAAUAAAAGGGACCAGCACGGUUAAGAGAGUGAUAGGAAAGUGUGUGACAUGCCGGCGGUAUACGAUGGUUACAGGGCAACAAUUGAUGGCACCACUUCCAGCUUGUAGAGUGCAACAAGGAUGGUAUUGCUUCUCAGCCGUGGGAGUAGACUACUUUGGACCCCUUUUUGUCAAAAGAGGAAGAUCACUAGAAAAAAGAUAUGGGUGUGUAUUUACUUGCUUGCAAACCCGAGCAGUACAUAUUGAAAUGACACAUAGUUUGAAUACUGAUUCGUUUAUAAUGGCCUUGCUACGUUUCAUUGGAAGAAGAGGGAAACCUGCAGAAAUUUACAGUGACAAUGGGUCGAAUUUCGUGGGUGCGGUCUCUGAACUAAAGAGAUUUGUGCAACAGUUGAAUCAGCAAAGGAUAGACAAGGAACUGUCAGCUAGACAGAUUCAGUGGCAUUUUAACCCGCCCUCAUCCAGCCACAGGGGUGGGGUCUGGGAAAGGAUGAUUAGGUCUAUACGUAGACUGUUAUUGUUGAUAACUAGAGAACAGACUUUAACUGAUGAGACCUUAAGCACUUAUUUGAUUGAAGUUGAAAGGAUAUUGAACGAUCGACCCUUAACUCCAGUCGUCCAAGAUGCUAACGAUCAACUAGCCUUGUCGCCAAACAGUCUGUUAUUAUUGAGAGAAUGUGACGGAAUAGUCGAAGAAGGUAGCAUCAGAGAUAAAUAUGACAAACGAUGGAAACAGGUUAAUCAUCUUGCUAAUGUGUUUUGGAAAAGGUGGUUAAGAGAGUAUUUACCGUCUUUACAGAAGCGUCAAAAAUGGUUAGUUGAACAUCGCAAUUUUCAGAAAGGUGAUGUAGUGAUCGUGGCUUCGGACAUAUCGACCCGUGGAAAGUGGCCCUUAGGAGUAGUUGAAGAUUGUAAAAUAGAUGACGACGGAAGAGUUAGAACAGUGGUUGUUCGUACGAACGGUGGGUUAGUCAGAAGAGAUAUACGUAGAUUAUGCCUCCUGGAAGGCACGAAUUAAUUCCUCGCGUAUCAAUGUAAGUAGGUCGAGUAGGCGUACUGUUGUAAGUCCUACUCGUUCCUGUAGUGCGAUAUGUUAUAUAAUGAACCAUGACCGUAGACAUCAAGGUAGCUUGUGUGGUAUGGAGGGAUUUUGGGGGCCGGUGUAAGAUCCAUUUUGAAUGUUUUGUGUGUUUGUGAAAAUCCCUCCAUGUAUAUACUUGUACUUUGUUCCUAUUGAUUCCCUUAGUUGUACAUUGUUGUAUUUUGAUUACAUUUGAGUUGUUAAUACUUGUAUUUUUUAUUAUAGUUUUUGUUUUCUUACGCAUUCACUAAGUUUGUGUUUCUUCCUGAACUGCAUCUGUGUUGUUUUACUUGACACUUGUUCUUGGCGGUAGCCAUAUUGAUUUGUUCCUCCUGUUGUGUGUGAUCUAUCCAGCCAGGAUAGAAUAACGUUGAUUUGUUGUGAUUGGUAAAUUUCUUGCAUCCUUUAUCAACUUUCUUAUUUAUUGUAAUUAGAUUUGAUCAAUUGAACAAUUAUUGGUUGGAUAGCUGAGUGGUUAUAUUUGUUUAGGUAAUAAUGUACACUUAAAUUUAUGAUAAAUUAUAGAACCGCUAUCUUACCC